AUGUCGCACUCUCCAGAGUUCAGGGAACCUGAUGGAAGUCUGCGGGAGCGAUAUAUCUUCUUCGCCUUCCCGCAUGUAUCCAUCGGCGAGUCAGGAGAGGUGGGCUCGUUGCUGCGGCGAGGCAGGGGGCGGCCUUCAAGUGCGUGUGGCGCGCUGAUCGCGAUUCAAACCGAUCUGAACGAGGCAAAGGGGACGACUGAGGAUCCUUUUGACGAGGAAUACGUGCUGCUCAAGAAGAAAGUUGCCAUCAAGGUCCGUGUGCAGAUGUUCCGGGUUCCUCAAAGCGCGUGUGGAGCGCUGAUUGCGAUUCAAACAGACCUGAACGAGACCAAGAGGACAGAGGCAGAUCCUUUUGACGAGGAGUACGUGCUGCUCAAGAAGAAAGUGGCCCGCAAGGUCACCCGGGCAGCACUAGCUGCUAUUAACGAGGACCUGGAGAAGCUUAUAUCGCUUACAGUGGAUCCUGCUACCGCUGACUAUGCUGUCAUUACAGGUGUCCAGAUACACUCUGGAAAUCAGGUCACAGGGGAGCCGUUCCGGAUUGAGCGCACAUGCGAUUACAUCGCGCCUGAUUUGAUGUACGCUGUUGCCAAGUGCGUGAGCAAGGAGAUUCCCCUGUACGCGUUAGUAGCAGGCUCGUAUCGAGUCGUGGGCGCGGAGGAUGGAGAUGCGGAGCCGCCUUUCAAAGUACACUUGCAGCUGACCUCCCCCGAGGGGAAGCAGCUGCACUAUGGGGAGCGGCAGACAGAGGGGCACUUUGGAUUCAGAGCAACGAAAGCAGGGGAUCACACGUUGUGUGUGUGGCUGUCCAGGUGGGUUGGGGAGGUGGGCUGA